AUGUCCGACUACAUCAAGCAGGUGAAUGGCGCUGAAUCAGAAGAAGUAAUAUUAUCACCUGAAUCGAAACAACCAUCAACCCGGCCUAAACAACCACCAACUGAAUCUAAACAGUCACAAACAGAACGUAGGCAACCACCAACUGAAUCUAAACAAUCACAAACAGAACCUAAGCAAUCGUCAACUGAACCUGAACAACCACCAGCCGAACCUAUACAGCCACUAACUGAACCUAAACAACUACCAGUCGAACCUAUACGGCCACUAACUGAACCUGAACAACCACCAGCCGAACCUAUACAGCCACUAACUGAACCUAAACAACUAUCAGCCGAACCUAUACGGCCACUAACUAAACCUGAACAACUACCAGCCGAACCUACACAGCCACCAACCAGACCUAAACAACCAUCCAAUGGACCUAAACAAUCGCCAACUGAACAAAAACAACAAAUUGGCGCAUCAACUGGCGAGAACCAGUGUUGGAAACAAAUUCAACAAUUACAAAUGGCUUUAGUCCUAAAAAUGAACGAUGAUAUUCAUUGUCUUCUACAAUACCAUGGCAUAGACGGCAGCAAUACUUUUGUACUGAAUGAUGGGCCUGCAUGUCGUUUACUUCCGACUCCCACAUCACAUUUAACUGAUUAUACUCGACAAGCCGGGAACUUGCUUCGACAAUUAGAAAAUCAGUUACAAACUAAUCCAAAAGAACCAAAGAAGCAAGUGUGCAAUGAAGAACAAGGACAACAACCACCGGUUCAUCUAGAAGAACAAAAAAUUGUAAAUGCUGUUAUGCAACAAUCGAUACCAUUAUUUAAAAAAUUGGUUUCAGCUGAAGUGAGACGAUCAUUAAUUUCUCGAGAUACUCAAGAUAAUUGUAAUAAAUUAAUAAAAUUACCGCCUGUUUUUACCAGUUCUGCAUGUAAGUCUGUUCCACCUGAUGAAUAUUCACUACCACUAGUUUUUCAAAAACAACAGUCAGUAACUACAGUUAUGGAAAGUAACUUUGGUGGAGCUUUCGUCCAUUCUACAUCUGUUCCUCCUGAAUAUUUUAUGCCAUUUGGCAAUGGUUCAAUAGGAGGUGUUCAAGGCGAAAUAAAUACGCAUCUGCCCAACAUUCUAUUAGAAAUAUCAGGUGAUAGUUCGAUAGCUUAG